GAAUUUUGUUGGCAUCAGCAUUUAUCACCACGACCACAACGAAAAUAUACGCAUGGAGAGUUAUGGCAGCCGACCGCGAUUUGCUUAAUCCAGAAUCUAACCAAAAUCAUAAUACUUAUAGCAAAAUGAAUUUUGAUAAUCUGGAUGAAGAGGAACCAAGUUACAGUGAUCCCGAGGAUUACGUUGAUGAUAUCUCUGACGAAGAGUUGCUGGGUGACUUACUUAAAAAUAAGCCUAAGGAAACCGAUGGUGUUGAAUCUGUUAUCAUUGUUGAUGGAGUCCCGAAAGUUGGCCCGGAGAGAGUCGAAAAGCUAAAGAAUGUCCUGCAUAAAUUGUACUCAAAUUUUGGAAAAAUUGUUACAGUGGAUUAUCCUUUAGAUGAAAAUGGUGUCACAAAAGGGUAUGUAUUCUUUGAGUUUGUUUCACCUGAGCAUGCAAUUGAGGCAGUAAAAGCCACAAAUGGUUACAAAUUAGAUAAGCACCACAGCUUUGAUGUCAACUUAUUCACUGACUAUGCAAAGUAUGAAAAUAUUCCAGAUGAAUGGGAACCACCUUCUCCACAACCAUAUGUAGAUCAUGGAAAUUUGAACUACUUUUUGUUGGAAUCAGAUGCAUGUGAUCAAUUUAGUGUUAUGUAUGAUGGAGGUGCUAAAACAGCCAUUUAUUUGAAUACAAACCCUGAACCAUCUCUUCUGCAAGAGCGAGAAUCAUGGACUGAAACCUAUGUUGAAUGGUCACCUUUAGGAACAUAUUUAGCAACAUUUCAUCCUAGGGGAGUGGCUCUUUGGGUCGGUGAAAAAUAUGAACAAUUCCAACGUUUCAGCCAUAACAAUGUUCAAUGCAUCAGCUUUUCCCCAAAUGAAAAGUAUUUAGUGACAUUCAGUAAUAUCCCAGAAUCCAGAGAUGACCCUCAUUGUAUAAUGAUUUGGGAAAUUAGAACUGGUAUCAAAAAGAGAAGUUUCCAUUCUGAGUCCCAUCCAUUAUCCACGUGGCCUAUGUUCAAGUGGAGUCAUGACGACAAAUACUUCGCCAAAAUUGGAAAAGAUGUUUUAAGCAUAUAUGAAACUCCAUCUUUUGGUCUCUUAGGAAAGAAAAGUAUUAAAAUCACUGGUAUUAAAAAUUUCACUUGGUCCCCCACAAGCAAUAUUGUAGCUUACUGGGUAGCUGAAGAAAAAGAUGUACCUGCAAGAGUAACUUUGUUAGAAAUUCCAAGCAGAGUAGAACUUAGAUCAAAAAAUCUUUUUAGUGUAGCAGAUUGCACAAUGCAUUGGCAAAGAUGUGGAGGAUAUCUAUGUGUAAAAGUUGAUAGGUACACAAAAGCUAAAAAGGAAAAGAAUGAAUGGAAGUACAGUGGAAUGUAUUACAAUUUUGAAAUUUUCCACAUGCGAGAAAAGAAUAUACCUGUUGACAGUGCAGAAAUAAAAGAAAAUAUAACAGCUUUUGCCUGGGAGCCUGUUGGUAAUAAAUUUGCAGUUAUUCAUGGAGACAGUCCUCACAUUACUGUAAGUUUCUAUGGUAUUAAACCUGGUGGAACAGUUAGCUUACUUAAAAAAUUUGAGAGGAAGCAAUGUAACCGAAUCUUCUGGUCACCUAAUGGACAAUUCGUAGUGCUUGCUGGAUUACGAUCAAUGAGCGGGAGGCUAGAAUUUGUUGAUACGUCUGAUUUCACUAUAAUGUCUGGAAAUGAGCAUUUUAUGGCUACUGAUAUUGAAUGGGACCCUACUGGGCGAUAUGUAGUUUCUGGUAUCAGUUGGUGGAUGCACAAGGUGGACAAUGCCUUCUGGAUGUGGUCUUUCCAAGGACGGUUACUUAGGAAGCACGAUUUAGAAAGGUUCUGUCAAUUACUGUGGAGGCCCAGGCCACCAACACUAUUGUCUGAAGAAAAAAUCAGGGAAAUAAAGAAAAACCUUAAGAAGUACAGUGCACAGUUCGACAUCAAGGAUAGAAUGACUUUGUCCAAAGCAUCAAAAGAAAUUGUGGAAAAACGAAGGAAACUGAUAGAAGACUUCAAGAGUAUUAGGCAAAAGAGGUUAGAUGAAUUUAAUAGCAGAAAAAAGCUUAGGCUUGAAUUGCGUAAUGGUAUUGAUACAGAUGAACUUGAUGCAGAAUCUGAAAAUCUUGAAGAGGAGGUUGUAGAAUUUCUUGUAAAGGAAGAAGUUAUUGUACUAGACGAAGAAUAAACUAUAUGAACAAGUGAACUUUUAGGACUGGAAAAUUUUUUAACAUUUUGUAGACAAAAGUCAAUAAACAUCUGUUUCUGUUUUCCA